UUACUUCAAUCACAUCAACUGCGGGUAUCUUUCUAGGAGUACGCACUGAACCCGAUCUCGCAUAAUUUCUCUCCGUGGCUUUUGUGUUCCGAGUUUUAUCGUUUUCGUAUAUUUUAGCGUUUGAACAUUACGCAUUUACACAUAAUCAUGAAAGAAAGAAGAAACACUCAGCCGAUGGUGGUGAGAUGUAAACUGGUGCUUGUUGGAGAUGUCCAAUGCGGAAAAACGGCAAUGUUACAAGUGCUGGCGAAGGACUGCUAUCCCGAGACAUAUGUACCCACCGUAUUUGAGAACUACACCGCUUGUCUGGAACUCGAGGACCAGCGGGUAGAGUUGAGCUUGUGGGACACAUCAGGCUCCCCCUACUACGACAACGUGCGCCCCCUCUGCUACAGCGAUUCGGACGCCGUGCUCCUGUGUUUCGACAUCAGCCGCCCCGACAUCGUGGACAGUGGCCUGAAGAAGUGGAGGACUGAGAUCAUGGACUUCUGCCCCAACACACGGAUCCUGCUCAUUGGCUGCAAGACGGACCUGCGCACAGAUAUCUGCACGCUCAUGGAGCUGUCCAAUCAGAAGCAGACACCCGUUACUUACGAGCAGGGCUCAGCCUUUGCUAAGCAGCUGGGUGCCGAGGCCUACCUGGAGUGCUCGGCCUUCACCUCGGAGAAGAGCAUCCACAGUGUGUUCCGCACGGCGGCGCUGGCCUGCCUCAACAAGCUGCAGCCGCUGCCCAAGCCCAGUCCCACCCGCCGCCUGUCCAAGCGCCUGCUGCACCUGCCCAGCAAGUCCGAGCUGCUCACCUCCACCUUCAAGAAGGAGAAGGCCAAGAGCUGCUCCGUCAUGUGAGUGGGGUGGCGGCGCAGACCAAGACAGAAAAACAACAACAACAACAGAGUCAGAAAAUAAAUGUCAACCCCCCCCCGCCCGCCCAGCAGUGGCUUCCCCUGCACUGUUUGAUUUGGGGAAGGGGGGGUGGGUGGUUUAUGAUGGCCUCAUCAUACACCAUGUGAAGGGUUCUGUGUUGACUCUUUUUUCCACCCCCCCAAGGGAAAAAAAUGUGUAAAGAAACAAAAGUCCUUCAGGACAUGUGGACACCCUGUUGUCCACAUUGUCCUGAAUCUUUUCAGUGCAUAUCUGCUGUAUUUUGUUUUGUUCUUACUCUCCCUCUCUCUCUCUCUCUCUCUCUCUCUCUCUCUCUCUCUCUCUCUCUCUCUCUCUCUCUUUAUCUCAACACUGUAUCCUUGCUUCUUGGAAAAUCAGAGAUCAUCAGCUCUCUCAUGUUCUUGCUCACUGUACUUCAAAACUAUUGCUAUGUGCAGCUGUAAACAAAAAAAAUGGUGUACAAAGUGGUAGCCGUGUCAGGUUCAUAAUCAUUUGACUGCAUUCGAGAGGGGGGGAAAAGAAACGGAAAUAAUGGACUUUUUUCAGAUGAACUCGGUCAGAGGGAGCAGUGGGGAAGCCAUUUUAAGACAUUGUUUGCACAGAUAGUAUGUGUAUGCACGAUGGGUACAAAGGAGGGAGCAGCCUGGUCUGAGUCUAUCCAGCAGGCUCUAGCGGAGCUGUGGGCUUGACCCCUGCUCAUAGUGGGCUAGCCUGUCAGGAGAGGGAGGAAGCAUCUGGUCAAAACUGAAUAGCAGGCUCAGUCCAGCCUGUGAGUAGUGUUGAUGUUCUCUUACUGCUGGCUGCUGCUUGCCCAGACUCCAGCUAAGAGCGGGAGGAGGAUACAUGCCCUUCUCUGCUCCCAGCGGCGCCUUUGUUGUCAGAACCCCCCCCCCCCCC